ACCGCCGCCAGGCGUCUCAGCACAGGCCUGUGCGCGGAGGAGAGUUGCGGCCGGGCUCAGGGCGAAAGGAGGGAGCCAGGAGAGCGACCCGCGACUGCAGCCGGCUUUUAAGGCUAAUAAUCGCUUCGCAGCAGGUCCCGGGCAGCACUCCCGCGAGCUCCGCGGCGGGACCUGCCCUGGGAGACCUGGGCGCAGGACUGGAAGGGCGCUCGCGGCGGGUGCUGGCGACUCCGGGGCACCCGGGGACUCUCCCCGCGCCCUGGUCCGCUGCACCCGGGCUCCAGGUUACGCGUCUGAGGGCGGGGGGUGGAACCGGACGCGCACGGCAGGGGCUUUGCUAAUUGCCAAGCAGGAAGUGAGCGCCGGGAAGAGCGGCGGAGAGAGGGGAGGAGCGGGCGGAGGAGGGGCGCGCGGAGCUGCCGAGGUUCGCUCCCCACGCGUCCGAAAGGCAGGGCAACCGAGCCCUGCAACCCGGCUUUCCUCCCCUGUCCCGCCAGCCGCCCGGCCCUGCUCUGGCGCCCGUCGGCCCCACUCUGUCCCCAUGGCUUCUCCGGACGACCCUGUGCGCGCGGAGUCACCAAUCCAGGAGAAUGGAGGCAGCUUUGGGACAGUAGAGCAACAGCCAGCAUCAGGAGGAAGGUCCCCACCCACCCCUGGCUGAGCUGCUGGCCUUGCCACCUCGGAGCUCGCACGAUCCCCCUUUCUGUUUCCGCUUCUUCGUGCCCCAUCUGAUAUCAGAGCCUUGCCUAGAGGCCCAGCCUGCUGUUACCUGGGGCCUGUAAAAAUAAACAUUUUAAAGCUUCUGAGUAAACUAUUUGAUUUCAUACUAAUAAUGUUGUAAACGUGUGCCUCCAAGAGCUCUCAGAAAUACUUUAGGACAACUGCUUCUAGACUAGUCUCCAAUAACCAGGAUCAGCCCUCCUCCAAAUAACCUACACAACACGGGCCUGGGAGAACAAAGGUGUUUCUGCGUGAACUGCAGCGAGGGCCAGGGGGAAGGCCCGGGAUCAGGUAGAACAAGUGGAGAGACAGCGUGGGCCUGGGUCUGUGAGCGGAUUUGGCAAUAACACGUGAGGAAGAACUUCAUCCCCAGCCUGGGCUACGUCAGAAGCUGAUACAGUCACAACCAUGCGAAUGAAAAUAAUAAAAGACCUGAACGUGCCUCUAAGACUGGUCCUAAACCUCUCCUGAUCACCUAAGCCUUUCCUCAUUGCCCUCUCACUUUGCUGUUGUGCUUCAGAAAACAACAAAAAAAAAACCCUAAAUUCUCUGUGCCCUUCCCAUCUUAAGUUCCAUCUAUUCUCAGAGGUUUCAGACCAAAGCAAGAGACUUUGGGCCUCCAAACACUUGUGGUCCUGUUCACCCCAUCACCCUCUGAGGCACAGAUUCUCAGGGGGAGUCGUUCCCAAACCUGACCUGACCAGAAUAAUGAUGAUCAGCUGGGUGUGGGAACCAGCCACGUGGACCCGCUCCUGUUACAGAGGAAGAGCCAGAGGCCGGGAACACUUAAAAUGAGUCAUCCAAGGUCAUACAGCUAGACUCAUUCAAGAUCAUUUGACAAAGGAGCCAGUGGAAGACACAGACCCUAGCACUAUAUCCCUUAAUAUGUCAGACAAAUAUCCCAUUCAAGACACGGGACUCCCUAAAGCAGAGGAGUGUGAUCCAGUUAGUUUGAACUGCCCAACAAAUUCUGAUGUGCAACACCAGGUUCUCAGAGAGUCUCAGCACAGAAACAGAGGGAAAAGACAGAGAGAAGACAUUUACUGAGGUCAUUCAACAGGGAGAAGAAAAUGGCUUUCCAGACAGUACUGGAGAUCCCCUUUCAGAUAUAAGCAAGGACACGUCCUGCGCGGAAAACUGUACCUGUUCGUCCUGCUUGCUCCUGGCCCCCACCAUCAGCGACUUGCUCAAUGACCAGGACUUACUAGACGUGAUCAGGAUAAAGCUGGAUCCCUGUCACCCAACAGUCAAAAACUGGAGGAAUUUCGCAAGCAAGUGGGGCAUGCCCUACGAUGAACUGUGUUUCCUGGAGCAGCGGCCCCAGAGCCCCACCCUGGAGUUCUUACUCCGGAACAGUCAGAGGACGGUGGGCCAGCUGAUGGAGCUCUGCCGGCUCUACCACAGGGCCGAUGUGGAGAAGGUCCUGCGCAGGUGGGUGGACGAAGAAUGGCCCAGGAGGGGGCGUGGAGAGCACCCCAGGAACUUCUAGCCCUCAGCUCCUUCUCAUCGGCCUCUUCGGACCCUGAGCCGAGCACAGGUUAAGGGGCAAUGUGAAUCUGUUCUUUUUUAAGUUUAGGUGAAGGACGUGGGACAGCAGACCUUAGUUUUCCCCAAAGCUGGUGGUUUUGUGGAGGGUAGGGUAUGUUUUUGGUGGCGGAUUUUCCUUUAGUUUUGCACAUCUGUUUUUAUUUAAUAUUUGAAUCUGGAAUUGGGAAAAAUAUGUUGUAGGCUCCUAUAGGGACCAGGGCCAAAGCUACAGUCAGAGUGGAUUCAUGCCAUGAUGAAAAUAAAAGUAUCCUCUCCCUUAAAAACUGAAGACUGAACUCAGAACUAAAAGUCAUCAUCCACAAGAUCCUUUAUGAUUAAUGACACUCCCACAGCUUAGAAGGAAACCACAGAGAGAAGUUUCCCUUUAGUCUGUUACUCUUUUUGUUGUAAAGUACUUAGGUGAAUUCACAGGCUGCUGGCAUUGCGUGGUGAUACUCUUCAGGACACAUGCCAGCUUUCUUAUUCAAAUACUUGUGUAAUCUGUGCACUAUCAAAGAGGACUUUGCUUGAGUGUUUUUGAAAGAAAUGCAAAAACCGAUGGUGAUUGGGAGGACAGAGUCAGGAGUUAGCAGGGUAAUAAGGACCAUGGGAAAGGUGUUGACAAAGAGUAGGCCCGGGGCUUCCCUGGUGGCGCAGUGGUUGAGAGCCCGCCUGCCGAUGAAGGGGACAUGGGUUCGUGCCCCGGUCCGGGAGGAUCCCACAUGCUGCG